ACUUAAUAUGGGCCUUAGAGGGCUUGAAAGACAUAAAUGGGCCUUCCAGGGCAUGAAUGCGAAAACGUUUCCCUUCGGCUAUCGGUUCUGGUAGUUGGCACUCGGAAGAUCCGAACUACAAUCAAAUCAGAGUCCCGAAUUGGCAGAAAAGCCGCAAAAAUCAACCUUGAUAUGUUUCGAAGCAGAUUCCUCUCUUUCCCUAUGGUCAUUGGUGCAGUCAUAAUUGGUGUUGUUUCUGGUAAAGCUAUAUUUGGACCCCCACUUGAUGACUACUGGAAAAAGAAGCGUCAGGAAGAGGAAGCGGCCUCCGCAGCAGCUACUACUAACAAGGCGACCGAAUCUAAGGCAACGUAGCUACUUGUUAAAUGCACCUUUGAGUUUUCCCCCUUUUGUUUUUUUCAACUAGUGAACUGCAGUUGUUGGUGAAACACACUGCACUUGAGGAAGGGCUUCUGCUCUCCACAAUUAAAUCUUGUAUCCACCUAAAUUUAUAGUUUUCAAAAACGAAAAUGCUAAUUCAACAACGGAGGAAUGAGUUUGAUAACCACACGUUCAAACAAAAUAAAAUAUGCUCGAGGAAAAUGUCUAUUUUAUCUUUUAUUUGUUUAAUAAAAAACACUUUCUUUUUCUC